AGGAGCGAUUCUCCCGUGUCCCGGAGCCUGUGCAGAAGCGCAUCGUGUUCUGGUCCUUCCCGCGCAGCGAGCGCGAGAUCUGCAUGUACUCGUCCCUCGGCUGCCACCCCCCCGAAGGCGAGCGAGAUUCCCGGGUGCCCUUCAACCGCGGCCUGCACCUACUGCAAUCUGGGGCCGUCGACCGGGUGCUGCAAGUGGGCUUCCACCUGAGUGGGACCGUGACGGAGCCGGCCGGCCCCAGCGAGCCGGAGCGGAGCUUCCACGUCUCCAUCAGCUUUGACCGCUGCAAGAUCACGUCGGUGAGCUGUGCCUGCGACAACCGGGACAUCUUCUACUGCGCCCACGUGGUGGCGCUGUCGCUCUACCGCAUUCGCAACGCCCGGCAGGUGGAGCUGCGCCUGCCCAUCUCCGAGACCCUCUCCCAGAUGAACCGUGACCAGCUGCAGAAGUUCGUCCAGUACCUGAUCAGCGCCCACCACACCGAGGUGCUGCCCACCGCCCAGCGGCUGGCCGACGAGAUCCUCCUGCUGGGCUCCGAGAUCAACCGGGUGCACGGUGCCCCAGACCCCACGGCUGGCGCCGGCAUCGAGGACGCCAAUUGCUGGCACCUGGACGAGGAGCAGAUCCAGGAGCAGGUCAGGCAGCUCCUGUCCAACGGCGGCUACUACGGAGCCAGCAAGCAGCUGCAGUCCAUGUUCAACAAGGUGCGCGAGAUGCUGCGGAUGCGGGACUCCAACGGCGCCCGCAUGCUGAUCCUGAUGACGGAGCAGUUCCUGGAGGACCCGCGCCUGGCCCUGUGGAGGCAGCAGGGAGCCGGCAUGACGGACAAGUGCCGGCAGCUGUGGGACGAGCUGGGGGCCCUGUGGGUGUGCGUGGUCCUGAACCCCCAUUGCAAGCCGGAGGAGCGCGCCCUGUGGCUGGCGUUGCUGAAGAAGUGGAACAAGCUGGAUGUCUGCCCCUUGGAGGAGGGAAACUAUUCCUUCGAUGUGCCUGGAGCCACCGCGGCCCUGCAGCUCCCCUCAGUCCCCAGCGCAGCGGGCGCCCGCCAAACCGUCUUCAGCCGCGCCAUCAAGGCCGGGGAGCUGCGCUGGGGCGACUGCCACCUGCAGAAGAUCCUCGGCAGCGACUGCUACGGCCUGGGCAUGAAGACAGGCGGCGACAAGCUCUGCUUCGACCCCCAGGGCCGCCCGCUCUGGCUGGGCGACCCCUUCCCCACGGCCUGCGCCCGCGUGGACGCCCUGCGCUCCCACGGCUACCCCCGCGAGGCCCUGCGCCUGGCCACCGCCCUCGGCAACACCAUGCGUCUGCAGCGGCGCCACCAGCUCGAGAGCUACAAGCAGCAGAAGAAAGAGAUAUUGCACAAGGGCAGCACGUCCAUCACCAACCUGGAGGGCUGGGUGGGCCACCCCCUGGACCCCAUCGGCUGCCUGUGCCGGACCCUCCUGGAGCCCUGCCGCACGGACCAGGAGGGGCUGUCGCUCUAUCCAGACGCGGCGGCGGAUGGGAAGAAGAAGGUGCUGUACCAGCACGUGCCCGUCCCCUCCAGCCCCGGCUUGGGCGAGUCGUACCUGGCACUAGCUCUGGAGGUGGCGCUGGCGGGGCUGGGGCAGCAGCGGGCCAUGCCCGAGGGGCUCUACGCCCAGGACAAGGUGGUGCGAAGCGAGGAGCAGCUCAUCGCCCUGCUGGACGAGAUGGAGCCGGACGAGAGGCUGGUGCAGGUGCUGCGCAAGCAGGCGGCGCUGCUGCUGGAAGGCGGCCCGUUCAGCGGCUUUGGGGAGGUGGUGUUCCGGGAGAGCGUGCCCAUGCACACCUUCGCCCGCUACCUCUUCUCCGCCCUGCUGCCCCACGACGCCGACCUGGCCUAUCGCCUGGCGCUGAGAGCCAUGAGGCUCCCCGUGCUGGAGACGGUGAUGCCGGCCGGGGACAUCCUCCACCAGAACCCACUGGACUCCAUGAUGGCCAAUCGCUUUCCCCGCUGGUUCAUCCUGGGCCACCUGGAGACGCGCCAGUGCGAGCUGGCAUCGGCCAUGCUGACCGCAGCCAAAGGAGACCCCAAGUGGCUGCACACGGUCCUGGGGUCCAUCCAGCAGAACAUCCACUCCCCUGCCCUCCUGUUCAAACUGGCCCAGGACGCCUGUAAGACUGCGACGCCGGCCAGCGCCCCACCGGACGCCACGCUGCUCAACAUCUCCCUGGAGCUCGGCCUGCAGGUGAUGCGGAUGACUCUGAAUACCAUGACCUGGCGCCGGAGGGAGAUGGUGCGCUGGCUGGUGAGCUGUGCCACGGAGAUCGGAGUGCAGGCGCUGAUGAACAUCAUGCAGAACUGGUACAGCCUCUUCACCCCCAUCGAAGCCACCACCAUCGUGGCCGUGACGGGCACCACCCCGGCCACCCUGCUGCGCCUCAACCUGGCCUUCGGGCAGCGGGACGAGCUGUGUGCCCGGGCCCGGGCCGUGGCCCUGCAGUGUGCCAUGAAGGACCCGCAGAACUGCUCGCUGCCGGCCCUGACCCUGUGCGAGAAGGACCACGCCGCCUUCGAGGCCGCCUACCAGAUCGUGCUGGACUCGGCCGCCGCGGCCGGCAUGGGCCACUCCCACCUCUUCACCGUGGCCCGGUACAUGGAGCACCGGGGGCUGCCCCUCCGCGCCUACAAACUAGCCACCCUGGCCUUCUCCCACCUCAGCAUCGCCUUCAACCAGGACACGCACCCGGCCGUGAACGACGUGCUCUGGGCCUGCUCGCUCAGCCACUCCCUGGGCAAGAGCCAGCUCUCGGCCAUCGUGCCCCUCAUCAUCCAGAGCGUGCAGUGCGCCCCCAUGCUCUCCGACAUCCUGCGCCGCUGGAGCCUGCCCCAGCCGGGCCUAGCCGCCCUCUCCGGCCGCCGCCACGCCGCCAAGCCCCCCGCCGCCCCCGGCCUGGACAAAGCCCCCCUGUGCCAACUGCUGGAGGCGGCCAUCGCCGCCUACGUCAGCACCACCCACUCCCGCCUCACCCACAUCAGCCCCCGGCACUACAGCGAGUUCAUCGAGUUCCUCUGCAAGGCCCGCGAGACCUUCCUGCUGGCCCCCGACGGGCACCUGCAGUUCGGCCAGUUCCUCGACAACCUCAAACAGACCUACAAGGGCAAGAAGAAACUCAUGCUCCUGGUGCGGGAGCGAUUUGGCUAG